UCCAAUUCAAAGCUGCACAACAGUGAGAGAGAGAGAGAGAGAGAGAGCCUCUUCAACUCAAGCAUACCACAAGCUGCCAGCGACGCUCUCUGUUCAUUUCUUUGCUUAAAUCAGGCGCUUCUCUCUCACAAACAUCACGUGUUUCAGUGUUUGAUUUCACUCUCUUCCAAUAAAUAUUCAUUCAUUCCCUCUUCAAAACCCCCCCACAUGUUCCUCUACUCUUCACUACCAGACAUGGUUGAGACCUUAUGGAUGGUGUUCUCUCUCACCCACAUCAAACAGAGCCACCAAUCCAACAGAACCCUCAACCCCAGCUCAAUCUCUGCCUACCAUUGCUGAAACUCAGAAGAAAUUCAAAUAACCCAAACCCAUUUUCAGUAUUUGCUUUCUGGGUCUCAAAAUCACUUCGAAGUUUGUAUCAAAGAGCUAAAGUUUCAAAUGGGUUUUGCUUUACAAGGCUUCAAUUUGAUGGUAUGUUGGUGAACAACUCUGUGUAUUGUGGUUCUCCUUGUUCUGUUGGAGCUAAAAUGGAGAGUGGUUUGGAAGAAAAAAAAGAUGGGCCUGGUAGUGAGGGUUUUGUGGAUGUGAUUGAAGAGGAGUGUAGAGAGAGUAGUUCAAGUUCUGAUUUUUUGGUUUCAGAGGCCACAGUGAAUGAAGAACACAGUCACAGUAGUUCUGAGGAUUCUUCUUCACCCCCUUUAAUGGCUUGGCCUGUUCAGAAGUCUGAUAUGCCACAUUCUGCAAGUCCUGAUGUUUCUGAAACUGGACAGAAGCCCCACUUGGAUGAUAGAAAACUAGAGAAACAAGGGUCAUCACUAUCAGACAUUGAGAUGAUGAAGGAAAGGUUUUCAAAAUUGCUGCUGGGAGAAGAUAUGUCUGGUUGUGGAAAUGGGGUUUGUACAGCAUUGGCUAUUUCAAAUGCAAUUACUAAUCUCUGUGCUACAUUGUUUGGGCAACUUUGGAGAUUAGAACCUCUGGCUCCUGAAAAGAAAUCGAUGUGGCGAAGAGAAAUGGAAUGGAUUCUUUGUGUUAGCAGUCACAUUGUCGAGUUAAUACCUUCUUGGCAGACAUUCCCUGAUGGAAGUAAGCUUGAGAUCAUGACAUCUCGACCCAGAUCAGAUCUUUAUGUUAAUCUUCCCGCUCUGCGGAAAUUAGAUAACAUGCUUCUUGAAAUAUUAGACAGUUUUGUCAAUACAGAGUUCUGGUAUGUUGAUCAAGGAAUCCUAGCCCCGGAUACUGAUGGGUCAUCCUCUUUUCGGAGGCCCCUUCCACGGCAAGAGGAAAAAUGGUGGCUACCCGUGCCUCGGGUCCCUCUUGGCGGCCUUAGUGAAAAUUCACGAAAGCAUUUGCAACACAAACGUGAUUGCACGAAUCAAAUUCUAAAAGCUGCCAUGGCUAUAAACAGUAUUAUGUUAGCUGAUAUGGAAGUCCCUGAGUCAUACUUUGAGAGUCUUCCAAAGCAUGGAAGAGCCAGUCUUGGGGAUCUUAUCCAUCGAUACAUUACAUCGGAACAAUUUUCUCCUGAAUGUCUACUUGACUGCCUUGAUUUGUCUUCUGAACAUCAAGCACUUGAAAUUGCCAACCGAGUGGAGGCCUCAAUGUAUGUAUGGCGCCGAAGAACCAAUUCAAAACCCUUAAAUUGCACAAACCGAUCCAAUUCGAAAUCAUCAUGGGAAAUGAUGAAGGAACUGGUAAUAGAUGUGGACAAGAGAGAUAUGCUUGCUGAGAGAGCUGAGAGCCUCUUGCUUUCCUUGAAGCAGCGGUUCCCCGGUCUCCCUCAGACAACCUUGGAUAUGAGCAAGAUCCAGUACAACAAGGAUGUCGGCAAAUCUAUUUUAGAGAGCUACUCGAGAGUUCUGGAGAGCCUAGCAUUUAAUAUUGUGGCACGAAUAGAUGAUCUAGUUUAUGCAGAUGACUUGGCAAAGCAUUCGGAUCAAUACAUGCCCAUCUCUAAGGUCGGUGUGAUUGCUCACAAGAGUGUAGGAAUUCCGUACUCCUCUGUGCCCAUCUCGAGCACUCCCUAUAAAACAGCUUUUACAACGCCUAGUUUUUCUCCUGCACAACUUGUUAGCCCUGCAAAGGGUGAGCGAUCAUUAUGCCUUGAUAACAAGGUUCCUCAUCGUGGGUUUGGUGUGAAAAAGGUUUUGACAGAUUAUCUUACCAUCGAUGCAAGAGGGAAGGAUAGUAGUAAAGUUGAAAGAUCAAAUUCAUCAUCAAGUCUAAUCAGUGAUACAAGAGAGAAGGAUAGUAGUAAAGUUGGAAGAUCAAAUUCAUUGUCAAGCGUAAUUCGCGAGGCUCCGACUGCAGCAGAAGCUUUGGAGUGUUCUAGAGAAGCCACCAGUCCGCAGAUAAAGGAUUCAGUAUGGGAAGAGUGAACUAUGUUACACGGGUUUGAACUGCUUAUCUGAUAUUUGGGCUAUUGAGCCAGUUCAUGUAUCUGUUUCAUAGAUGUAGAAUGUAUAACUGAGAACACAGUGUAUCAGAUUAUUUAAUUCUUCUUGUAUUGAUAUCUUUUAGAUGCUAAUGACUUGAGAGUGCUUUGUCUUUCUAUAGACAUCCCAGUUUUGUC